AAAGAAGAAUAGAAAAGCAGUUGAAGCAGAGUCCUCCUACUUCUGUUAGUAACUCUGACUGAACUACAGACAAUAACUAGUAGAAGAAGUAACGCUACAAGAACAAGACAUGUCCAGGUUGAUGAGAGCUAUCAGAGUCGGUGAGUUUGGAGCUCCGUCUGUCCUCAAACUGUGUUCCGAUGUGAAAGUGCCUCAGCCCGGACACAGACAGGUGUUGAUCCGUGUCCAUGCCUGUGGAGUGAACCCCGUGGAGACGUACAUCCGUGCCGGGACAUACGCACGCAAGCCCACCCUGCCGUACACGCCCGGCUCUGAUGUAGCUGGAGUGGUGGAAACCGUAGGAGAGGGAGUCACAGCAGUAAAGGCUGGGGAUCGAGUUUUCACCACAGCCACAGAGACUGGAGGUUAUGCAGAGUACACUGUGGCGACGGACGACUCUGUCUACAAACUGCCCGAUGCUUUAGACUUCACCCAGGGAGCAGCCAUAGGAGUCCCAUACUUCACUGCCUAUAGAGCUCUGGUUCAUAAAGCUCACAGUAAGGCUGGAGAGACUGUCCUCAUCCAUGGAGCAAGUGGAGGGGUUGGUGUGGCAGCAUGCCAGUUAGCCCGUUCUCUGGGUCUCAGGGUGUUGGGGACAGCAGGGACACCAGAGGGAAUGAAGCUGGCUCUCAGCAAUGGAGCUCAUCGUACUUUUAACCACAGAGAGGAGGGCUACACAAACAAAAUCAUGGAAGCCACAGAGGGCCGAGGCAUAGAUGUGAUCGUGGAGAUGCUGUCAAAUGUCAACCUUAGUAAAGACCUCCAGAUGUUGGCCUACGGAGGACGAGUCAUAAUCAUUGGCUCCAGAGGCCCCAUAGAGAUCAACCCAAGAGACACCAUGGCUAAAGAGAGCAGCAUCACUGGAGUGGCUCUGUUCUUCGCUACACCGGAGGAGAGGAAGGAGUGUGCAGCACUGCUCUUCGCAGGGAUGGAAGCUGGUUGGCUGCAUCCAGUCGUCGGUUCCCAGUAUCUGCUCGACAAGGCUGCCCAAGCCCACCAUGACAUCAUCGAGUCUCCCGGGGCUGCUGGGAAGAUGGUCCUGACCAUUUGAUGAUGUGACCAGAUCACAGGUCAAAGGUCACCAAGUAGAGUUUUGGUUGGAUACUCUUGAGGAGCUGCUACAAGCACAAAAUGGUUAACAUGCUUAUAUGUGGACAGACAAUGACUAUUGAAUAUGUCAAUAUGUCCUUAAACAUGACUAUAGAGGGAUACUAACAAGGAACGAUGUAAAAAAAACUUAAACGACACUCACUGUUAUUCUCCUCUAACUCUGUCUGAUCCCAUCAUGUUGCUUUUUACAGUACAAGACUAGCCACAGAAAAGUAGCCUCAAUGCAUUCUUUUGGCUAUAUUUGACAUUAAUGUGACCAUGGUAUGUUUGUGGUAGCUGCCUCUCAAGAGUAUUCAUCAGUUAGGCUGUGGGUUUGGUCUUUAAGAAGGAGGUAGUGUGGAGUGAUGAGUUCUUAAAGUGACAAUAACUUUAAUUCAGUUUAAAAGUAAUUUGUUUGAUUGCUGUUUGGCACUUUCACAAGAAUAAUAAAAAGCUGCAUUAUCAUAUUUUUGGCCACUAGGUGUCAGCAGAAACAACCUGUACACAACAUCAUUAUAUUAUCCAAAAUAUUCACUCUCCUUUUUGCUUGAUUUUGGUCUCCACCAACUCCUGAGAGAAAUAUCUCACUCUUUGACCACUAAAGGCUCACUAUUCUCUCAAAUGUGUUGCUCACUUUAUCUGGCAUUUAGCAUUAUGGAAGUAGGUGUUACAGUUGGUGAAUCAGAGCUUUUUUCACUAAAAACAGCUGCUCUUUGAUAGGACAGCUUGCUGGAGACCAAAACAAAAAUCUGAAGAAUGCUAAGAAGCUCUGAAUAUUUGGAAUGGAACUGCAAAAUCAUAAUACUGUGUUGGUUUGAUACUACUGUUCAAGCAACAUCUUUACAAUGUUACACAUUGUAAUUUGAUCCAUCAUUCAUUUUAAAAUACUCAUUAAUUCAGCUUUAAGGGAAUGUUAAAGUUGUAAUGACCAAACAAUACAUUGCACAUGCUUUCCUAUUGUAAAUGAGGUCUUCUUUAAUCAUGAAGGUGCCAAAAAUAUUUUUCAAGCUGCCACGUGUUGACACAUGGCUACAACAUGGAAGCACUUAGACUUGAAAAUGAAUGAAAUUGUAGUGAGAGUAUAUAAGUUACAAUCAUUGUAACGCGUAUUAUUGUAUAUGAGAUUAUAUAUACUACUAUUACUUAAAGGAAGUAAUUAGUUUUGUCCUAAUUUGUUCACUAAAACAAUCUAGGGACUCAAAUCUCAAAGCCUGAGCUUGUAAUUAAACUCAGUCCUCUGAUAAUAAUCUUGAAUUAUUUCAGACUGUGGACAAUGUUGCACACACAAUCUUCUUUUCUGUCAUUGGUUUUACAGACAGCUGAAGAUAGGUUUUAUGCAUACUUCUUACAAUUCCCUUUGAAAAAUGUGAAAAUGUCCUGAAUUUCAUUGAAUGUUUCUAAAUGAAAAUAAAAAUGAAUGAAACAAGG